CUUAUGGACUUUAUUCGGUGUAAAAAACCAUUUGCCGCUCCUCAAGGCGAACCUUGGUGCUGAUAACCGGCUACAAAAUGGAUGCAAAGACCUCAAACGGUAUGUAUAAUUUUUCUUUAGACGCAUGGGAAACGUUCUUUUCGUAAGGUUAACCGGCCGGUGAUGUAUAGCUUAUAUAUAUUUUUGGAAGACUUUUUAGCUUUAUAUUUUUGCCAAUCACGACUUAAAAUAAAUAUGAGCAAAGAUAACAACUGUGCAAUAAAAAAAGUUACAAGCUAUGAUUCGAUUGGAGUUAUUAAAAAUGUCGUCGAUCUUUCAAUCAAGUGGCUUUGUGAAUAGGGAAAAUUGACAGAGAUUUUUGGAAUGAAUUUUUAUCUACUUUAAAUGAUUGAGAUACAUCAAAAGCCUUUUUUUUUUAAAAAAAAGAAUGGAACAACACAAAAUUUUCACCUUAGAACCUUGAUGACAGAGUUAUAAAUGGAAGCCAAUUUGCCGCGUGGCUUAAAUUUAAAACGGACUCUGUUUCAAAUUAUUUAUUGUCAAAGGCUCUCGCCUUUUGAGAUAUGUUUAUUGUUAUUGCUAUUGAAAGCUAUGGCUUCACGGUUUUGUGUUUCAAAUUUCCUGCCAGCGCUAACGGGGACUAGGGCUAGUCAAGUUCAGACGGUCCUUCUUCCCUUGUUCUUUGGCCGGAAGCCCGUCCGGCCAUUCGUCGAUUUUUCGCUGUUUUUGCCUCCCCCAUUUGAUCGCAGAUUGACACCAAUCUUGAUUCCAGAACCCGCGAUUGCUUAAGGAGGACGAUUGAUGCGGGAGGUGGAGGUUGAUGCUAGAAAAAUGGGACACUGCGAACAGAUCAGGCGAUGUGAAAAUAAGUCACUUUAAAAAGUACAUAGAAAACUGAGGAGAUACGAGAAAUUGGUUCGCUAAGUGGGAAUUAUAUACUCUUUUAUGGAUCCACGCUGUAAUGCGACCAAAGGAACGAAUUACUCGCUUCAGGGUAAACAAGACGUUUGUUAAGAUUAGUUCUGAUUUUAUCCGUUAGUCAAUUGCAGCUGUGCCUUUCUUUCCCUGAGAAACUGAGGGGACGGUACGCCUUGUCAGUCUCACCGGUCGGGUGUUCGGCCUUCCCCGAGGCUGUCCCGGCUUGACUUUAGGCCGUUUGACACACGUGGUUUCCGAAAUACAAGCAUGGAGGAUUUUAUAGGAAAGGACUUGCACUUAGACGCAGAUUGGCCUUUUCCGUCAAUUACUGGACGAACUUGGAGAGGUUUUUUUUAAGGUAACCUCUGCAGUGUUGAUUGGUAACGAUUUCUGAGGCCGACAGGAGCUCCUCAGGGGGAUCAUAUGCAUCCCCCUCACAGGGCAUUUGUGAGCUUAGGUGUCCUUAACCCACUGGAAAAAAAAAUGACUCGGAGAUUAAACUUGGACAGAAGGUGCACAGUUAAAAUUGAACGAUGCAUUAGGGUGAAAGUUUGUAUUUAAUUGUCAUGUGAUAACGGGCCGUCCCUUUACACAGGUGAACAGCAUCGACGACGGAGAAGUAGCGGUGCACAUCCUGCCUCGGGUAAGUUGGGACAUCUCUGCAACAGGAAUUAAACUUUUGGAGCAGUUGUCGAUUUCCUCGAAAAAUCUUGUUUUGGCAUUGUCGCUCCGGGUUACUCAGUUAAGUGAACCUAUGACCAAUCAACGGUGUCGUGUUUGCACGUACGGCUACGAGUUUUUCAUUUCGAAUGGGUUGGAAUUGCAACACAACAUGCACAAUAAUUUGCGGAAUUACUAGCCUACUCUUUCCAAAUCCGAGUUUGUCGCGGAUUAACCUCCAGAAAUCUGACCUUCUGAACUGCAAUGAACUGACACCAGUUUUCACUUUUUACUUUAUUGUUCUUACAUAGUGUAUCAUUGAAUCUAGGUCCGACCGGUCACGGAGAUCAGCGACGUUCAUCAGUGAGCACUCGAGGUCAAGACGAAAAACGACGCCCUUCUGUUCUCAAUCGAACUCAUGAAGAGCAGCGGCGUUCAUCAGCUGGCAGCCGACCCGGUCACGAAGAUCAGCGACGUUUAUCAGCGGUUAGCGCACGUGGUCAAGACGAACAACGUCGCUCGUCCGUGGUCAACCGAACUCAAGAAGAUCAACGGCGUCCUUCAGCUGGCAGCCGAAUCAGCUACGAAGAACAAACCACGAGACGCAGAUCCGAAGGCAAGUGCUACGCGCAUGCACGAAACAAGGGGUCUUUGACUCGAAUAAACGCGCACUUAUAGGUUGGCAUUUUAUCCUUCUCUUUAAUUAUGAAAGAGGUAUAGUUGUUCUUGUCUUUUCACGUCAAUUUAGGUUGGUGAUUACCAUUUCUAGAAGCAAAAACGUUUUUUGAAAACACUUAACAAGCGCAAUCUCACUCGCUUUAAGCGGUGAUUAAAAAAUGACAGAGGUACUUAUUAAAAUGCUGAUUAUUUAACUAUGUACCGAGACACGAAAAUAUUUUUGAAAAAACGAGAAAAGUUAACGCCGUUUCCAGAGCUGAAGCAGUUUUUCUUCAACUUUUUAAAACAACAUUUUACCAAGAUCGAUAAUUUUGUUUUCAUGGGGUUUUCUCUGACAAUUGAAAAUUGUCAACUCUGUAGAUGAACACAGUACAGAGUCUUUUUCGUUGAAUUUAUUCGAUAGAAUGUUAGCUCUCUGAUUCAAAAUCAAACAUCAUAGUGACAAAGCUAAAAGCCAUCGAAAUCUCAUUGGCUUUUCAGUAAAUCAGGUAAAUCUCUUUCAAACAAAACGACAAGUUGUCAGAAAAAUGUUCCGGAACAACUGAAUUUAAACCUCCGCCGGCGUCUCGCUGCACAGUAUUAGAUAACAGAAAAUGCUUGAUUAAAUCAAAAUAAUUUCCUUGAUUCGCAAAUGUCAAACUUGUGGCACUCAUUAUGUAAAGAGGUCUUUUAAAACUCGAAUACCUAAUACUUAUUCAAAAAAGCAAAUGUAUAUUAACCAAGCACUCGCCAUGUCGGCGGAGCGUAGAGCAAAUGUUCUAGCCUCAGCAAAGCAUUCUCGGUCAUCGCACAACGAAAGGCGGGAUCAAACUACCCGUGAAAAGUCUAAAAAGAAAUCUAAGCCUGAAAAAUAUGCGACGAAUGGACGUAAGUAUUAAAAAAGAAAACAAGGUUGCAAUUUGUACUAAAUUGAAUCAUUGAAACUUUUGGAUGGUGAUCAUUUGUUCCAGGAUAACUACGCCUUGAGGCAAACACGAAGAGAGCUCGAUAUAUCAAAAUAUAAACAUAUAUUUCACAGAAAAUACUUCUUAAUAUUAAUGAAGAAAGAAAGGAGACAAAAAAGCGUAAAAAAAACAAAUAUUAUAUCGCGUUCCUCUAAUAAGUGCAAUCCAUAUGCAUUUGAUAAUGUCUCGCAUAACUCUUUUAAAAUAGACGGGUUGUCUCACUUUGGUCUUUCUAAAACCCCUUUUUUCAACUCGAAAACUAUUUGCUAACGAAUGGGAAGUGUUAGCUUUGAAAAUCAGAUAGAUACAGGAUGCCACAUAAUAUUACGAUUGCUAAUGUCAAUUCUAUGUCAAUUUACUUUUGAGGAGAUCAAGCAUACAUUGAUCGAUUUACAGCUGCCUUCCUCUGUUUCAGUAAAACUUUUCAUGGUGCACUUUUUAUUCUGUUUACCGUAGACACAAUCUUCUCAAAUUUUUUUAUAAAGAAAUCCCUCUGUUAUAAAAGAUAAAAUUAAAUACUAUAGGCUUGUUAAAACAAUAUGAAUCACACACUGAAUCCGGAAACAACUGGUGAUUUAAACCCUGCAAGUGGAAAAUCAGUAAUUCAUUGCAAAUAGCGAUUGUCUUAAACCAGAAACUCUUAGCGAUUGAAACGUGUAACUCGCUUUCAAUGCUCGUAGAUUCAUUUUUUCUAAGUAACAUAUUUGGAAACCCUCGCUGGCGCCUCAAAAAAGCAAGGCUUUAUAACAACAACGUUGCAAGUUCAUCAUCUGGUUCAUCACACAAUACGAUAUGAAAGUGCCGUUUUGUGGGGGAUGAAAACACAAGACGACGACUUUCUUUUUCUUUUCCUGGACUUCAAUGUCUUUAGAAUUAAUUAUCCAGAAAAAAUUGCUAACAUUUUACGAACUGAACGAGAUGGAAUAUAAAGGAGAUAAAGUUUGAAGCAGCGCGAAUACACCUUUUAAGUGACGUCAGUUGUAGCCGUCGCCACCGUUCCCUCCAGGGAGCGGGAAGUAAUAUUACGUCACCUCUUUCAGAAAGUUUGAUUGGUCCAUCUUUUCUUUUCGUUCCAAAUAUAGUAUUUACAUGCGAAAAUGAAAAUACAUGAGCAUUUACCUGAUGAGAUCAGGCUCAAUUUUCGUUUCGCCUGGUAAAUCAAAUUCUGGCGGGAAACGCGAAACGAAAACAAAGUUAAGGCCCAGAUUUAGCGCGACCUCGUAAACGAUGAUACCCAGUAAAAAAAAUACGGCAUUACUUCACCCGUAAGCCUAAUGAGUAGGAAACUGGCCAUGGGUCGGGAAAAUAGUAGGAGCGUCGUGUAACUAGUUUAAGAAUCUAGACACAAUUCCGGCUGUCGUUUCCUUUGAAUGCGAUGAUCUGAGAAAGAGAAUCGCAUUUUCUAAGCUCUGCGACCAGAUCAGUUACGGACGUAUCUAAACACAAGAGAAGAAAUCUUAGUUAUAUGUUCUGUUCUGGGUCCCUCAGUUUUAUCAGUAUCUGAUUAGGGUUUUUAACGCUAAGCAAAAGGAAUUAAUGUCAUUUCGCGUUUGUUGACGAAACUGUUAUCUAUCGCAAAAGUAUUCCCCGCUGCUUUAGUUUUAGUAUCUACAAUGGAUUCAAUUAGAGCAAUGAUCUGACAGGCAAUCGCAGGAGUAAAAUCUUUCUUCUAGUAGCUAGUGACGUAAUAUGAUUUUUCAAUGAGUUCUUUCUUUCAAACAUCAUUUUCUAAUAGUCCCUGCUAUACAGCGCGGUGAUCAGUACGGCCGUCUCUGACUCGUCCCCAGUCGUCUCUCUUGAGAAUCAGCGGCCGUCUUCUUGUUAGAGCACGAGGAUAGGGUGCGCGCGUAGGCGAACUUUGUGAUAAACUGCUGUUCGUGGGUUACCUGUGGCAUAGCGCUUUUGUCUUGUGGUGUCGAUGUUAGAUCCUAAUUUUUAAGCAUAUUUAGGAAUAGAGGAUAGAUUUUCAUCCAAGGAAGUUAUCAUAUCAAAUAAUCUUAUAUCCAAUAAUUAAACCGAACACAAAAUAUUGAUAGAUUUUUCCCGAUUUCGUCUUGAAAGCGGAAAGAACACAAGACAAUUUCAUGGUUUGAUCGCGGUUUUUUCUUGUCGGUCUAGGUAUAAUGGCCUGUUAUCAGCGAUUAUAGUCACAGCUGUAGAAUGCAGUCAGUUAUGGCUAGGUGAUCAAGUUAUUCAACUUAUAAAAAAUAAGUGCGUGCGACACUUGAAAAAACAUUUACAACUUAAGUCCUUUUCUUGAUAAUUUUCUCUGUUCCUUUGUUUGCAAGUAACCAUGGUAACCAAGUUAGCCAGACCCUGACGGUUUGCUAUUCACAGCCAUGGAUGGCCGGGACCGAGAGAAUUUGAACACUUUUUACACACGUUUAUUACACAACGCUAGACAGUCAACUGAAACUGACAGAGAAACAACGAGAGACGGGGGGUGAAAGGUUACCUAGAUAACGGGUUAAUUAUGCGCGUAGCGAAUAACAAAGCAGUACAACUACGCGAGCUAUGGCGUAGACGGAGUUGUUUUGUUUGGUCAUUGUUCGAUUGACUAAACUUUUUGGGCUCAUGUAAAGAGGAUUCUUAAUAUUUUUUGUGUUUACCCUUGAUUUGUGAGGCUUAAUGUCGAGACAUUUUCACAUUAAUUAUUAAAAAUUUGUUGUUCAAUUUUGCCGCUGUGGAGCCAAGGUUUAGUAAAACAUCAAUAUUUAAAAGCUUUAUUUCGAACUAUUGACGGUCAGUAGAAUUCUAUUGUUGAUCUUCUUGUUCAUUAAUCAACUGAAGUCAUGCCACGAACAACCCUUCAGAGCUCCGUCUAGACAGAACCCGUAGACAUUCCUAGGAACUAUAGGAAAAGAGGUAUCUUAAGUGCUUUCCUAUUUUGACCCUUUUGCAAUCGCUAUCCUUUCAACUCUUAUUCAGAACGAUGUGAAUGCCUCAUUAUUGUUUUUGUAAAGCGAUGCAAGUAGUUUCACUAACUAGGGUCAAUUUCCGCUAUUGCGGUCGUUUCCAACAAACAAAACUCGAGUCUAGACUUACACAUUCCGAGUUAAAAAAGUGGUAUAAAAACUUUUUCCAUAGUUAGCACAUUUUAUUUUUAACUUCCCUCAAAUUUACCGAAAAUUGCAAGGUUUAAUUUUAAUUUUAAUUUUUUUUGAAAGAAGAGAACAAAUGUGGCAGGUGUUAGCUCAAUAACAAGGACCAGACCACGUGAUCAGAAGAAGCGACGGGCUCUGGGUACGAGAAUGACUCAGUUGUCACUGGCACUGAUCUAUGGAUAGUCUCCCUCGCAGAAUCCUCGCAGCCAUUUUUUGGAUGUCACGCAACGCUCCCCCAAAAGAACGGCUGCUGACAUCCGAACUACAUUCCUUUCUCAUUGUCCUUUCGGUUUGUUUGCGGGGAGCGUUGCGUGACAUCCAAAAACGGCUGCGAGGGAGCCUAAUCUAUGGAGUGCGUAUACCAAACUUUAAAAACUCAGGGACUUAAAAAAACUAAAGAUGAAGGCCCUGCGUUGUUACUGUCUUUCGCGCACUCAGUAGUCCGGAAAUACGUCUGUGUCCACGGGCUAUAGUCACAACGGCGCGAGUUCCGCUCAGUUGAUACGGUUGCUGCACCUGGACGAUAAUAUUCCACUCACUUUUACAUUGCAUGGUUUCUGGGUUCAAACCAUAGUCACUGAGUUUUUCCUACCUACACCAAUUAUUCAAUGUCUGAGCCACGGCAGCCCUGCAACUGUAACAAUGAUAAAAAUUUACUUUUUUUACCAGGCGUUCCUUACACUCGCCCCAAUCUUCUCCAUUUUUUUUCUUUUUCCAGAUCGAGGAAAGAAAGAGAUCGCUUACCUCGGGAUGUUUAAAGCAAAAGUUCUUGUGUUAGGGCCUUGUAAGGUAAAUUUCUUAGAUUAAUCAACUAAAUAUGUCUGCUAGAUCGCUAUGGAGGGUUUCAAAAAUAUCUUAGGGCUGUCAAAGAAAAUAUGUGAGAAAAUAUUGUGGCGAGAUGCUAUGUUUUUCCACUCGAAUAAGUCAGAUAAGUCUGGCUGCUUCACUGUUAAUAUUUUUUUUGCUUUCCACAGAGCGGGAAAACCGUAAUUUCAAAUUUCCUCUCUGACGCUACCGAGACUUCAGGAGGAGAGUACCAUCCAACACAAGGUGUCAGGUAGUUUUAAGAGAUAUAUUUGAUGUAGAUGAUGCACAUUUUAGUGCGAAAUUUCAAUAUAUGGCAACCGGGAAUGUUUAUAAGCAGUGGAACUUAGAGACCAAGUAUUUUGUAAUUUAUACUUUGCAUUUCUUCAUCAACUUAAUGAGAAAUCGAAUUAAUCAGGUUUUGUUUACGAAUCUGUUGAGAUUUGCGGCCUCAAAAAUUGAUCAUGAAUCAAAAUGUAUGCAUAAGUUAUUUUAGUUAAGUUUACAUGUAGCACUAUAAUGGUUGUAUAGGCAGCUGUAAGUUAUCUCUUGUCUCUGAACUUGUGACAACCCGUCCUUGAGUGUGGACAGAAUAAACUCAGGUUUAUAUCGCUGGAUUUUCGUGAGGUAUUUGUUGAUAUUGCCUGUCUUCAUUAUUUGUGUGUCUAUGCUAAAUCGUCAGUGACAUUUCAUCUGAUGUGGUUCAAAUAAGCCUCGGACCUACCUGUUGCCAGUAACACUCGGGAUACUGUUCUGACACAUUAGAACAUGUGCCGUGGGCAACAAGAAGUAUUGCAGGUCUGCUGCUGGCAUGCCUGUGAAGUUGAAAUCAAGUCAACUUUGUAGGCACGCCGGCCUAGCUGUUGCCGGCAUUUUCUGUUCUCAUAUCAGAACAUGGCUAUGUAGGUAGGUCGGCACCAUAUAAAUUAUAUGACAUCUUGGCAUUACUUACAUGUACUUAGCUUUCAUCAAGGUGACAUUAGCAGGUGCAGAACUGGUAGUAGCCUGCGCCACAGAUGAAACAAAACUCUGGUUAAGUCCAUCUGUGAGUCAGCGCCAAAAUCCUUGUUCUGGGUCCCACCUUUGUACCAGGAUUUGAGUAGGCGCCAUGACUCACCUUUUAAAUAAGCCAUUGCCCAGAACAAGGAUCUCAGCGCUGCUUUGCUGAUGUUACUAACUGAGUUUAAAUUAUGUCUGUGAAGCAGGCUAAACUGGCAGAAGCAUACAAAUUUUAUCCAACUAAUGUUGGCUUAAAAGAAUAAAUCUGUCAUGGCAGGAAAGGAGAGGUUUUGGGACAAGUGCCCUAAUUUGUGUUGCUUAUGGUUAUGUGGAACAUGCCCUCACUGGAAAUAACACUUACAUAAGCAUAAGUAUAUAAGCAGAGAGGAACGCAAGGUUUUGCUAUUCUUGUGUUUCCGCUUAAACUCACUUUAGCAACAGCUACCUGUUUACUAGCACAAUAUCAUCCGAUGCAUCUGUUGCUAGAAGGACUGUAUUUAUUGCACAUGCUUGGUUUUUUUAUUUUGUAUCAUUAUCUCCCCAACAGAAUACUAGAAUUUGAAUGCAAUGGGAUAGAAAUAUCACCUGGCAAAACAGCCAAUUGUGAGGUGGAGUUAUGGGACUGCAGUGGAAAUCAUAAGUAAGUGUGAACUGACCUUGAUGCCACUGCCUGAGUUGUCCAAGUCCAAGUUUGGUGUUAAUUGGGCCAAUAUUGAACAAGAUCCAGCUGUUCAAAAACUUAAAAUUUUAUUAAGAAAUUUAUGGAUUGUGGGACACAUUGUGUAGAUGUCUUCUUUAUUAUUAAUUUUUGGAGUUUUUAAUUGGCUGUAUCUUCAUUCUUGUUGAACAAACGGCUUCACCUGUAAAUAUUCCAUCCCAAUUUCCUGUCCCCAAAUUGCCAAGGAUGCUAUUUUUCUAAAGUGUCCCAGAGUUUUGUGAUGGUUGGUGAUCAUUACUGCAUUACUGUUAAGGAUGUUUACAAUCAGUUAGCAAUAGUUAAAUUGCUUGAUACAGAUUCUCUAAUUGCUUGACUCCAGUCAUUCUCGAUGAAUUAAAGUGACAUUUACACUCAAGGUUGUGCUCUAGCAAAGAAUGAAGGGAGCCCAGUACUUUUGAACUCGGGAAAUCUAGGGUGCCCAGCAUAUGAUUCAUAUGAAAAACCCCAAAUUUUCUAGUGACCUUUUUUUAAAGGGAAAAAUUAAGGCUCCUGGGGUCAACAGGGGCUGUAAAGUCACAGCCUUAACACUGUAGGGCUGAAUGUACUAUUUUCAUAACAUAACCACCACCUGGUUAGCUCAAUUGGAUAAGUGCUGGUUUGCCAAGCAGGAGGUCACAGGUUCAAACCCCGACCAGGCCAACACCCAGGGUGUUGAAAUAACUGACCCCAGUAGUGUGGUACAACCUUUCAUGGGCAGGGUGGGUAAUAAAGGGGUUGAUAUCAAAUUGGCCACUGGUGCUUUUUCAUCCCCGGUAACCGUGUUGAGUCACUGUGGCGAAUUCAAUAAAGUAAGUAUAAAGUAUAUGCUGGGAAAACAAAGAAUUCCCUAGUCAUCUGUGUUUUUGCAAACAUUGUAAAACUGUGGCUUGAAACACCUGAUCAAAUCAAAACUUAGCUAGUAAAAAAAUAAUAUAGAAAAUAAAUAAAGAGCUCUUUGACUGUGAUCUUUUUACCUUUUGUAGAUUUUCUACCUGUUGGCCAGCGUUUCAAAAGGAUGCAAAUGGAGUUGUAAUUGUAUACAAUCCAGAUGAAGCAAACCAUGAUAAGGAACUGGAAACAUGGUAUGAAAAAGAUAAGCUUCUUUCAUUUUAUCAUAAAUGUAGCGAUUAUUGUUGAGUGAUAUAUGUAAUAAAUAAUAAAGAGGAUGUUUCACUGUCUAAAGGUAGGUUUGGUUUCCUCUGCAUCGUUCAAUAGAGUUUACUUCAAUAAGUAACUCAAACAGCUUCAUGUUUCACCUGCAGAGUUUACUUAUAAUCUGCACAAAUAAACUUUCAAGAUAAAAGUGGGGCUUCUAGUAACACAAACUACAUAUGUAUUUUGAACAAAAAUCUUGGUAUCAUAAAAAGACUGAUUCAAAUAAGUGGUAAUUUUUACCAGUUAUUUGAUCUGAAGAUUUAUGCAGAUCAAGGAAAAUGUUAUCGGCUGAGGCGGAUAACGCUUAUCAAGAUCUGCAUAAUAGUUCUUCAGAUCAUGCAAAAGCCUUAUCCAAUAAUGUUGCUGAUUUAUUGUUCAAAUUUGUUCAAAAUUAUGAUACAAAUACAUUUGUCUGUUCCACGGCAAAUUAAGGAUAGAAAGGGAUUGUUGGUCUACAGUGUAGCAGAUAAUCUUCAAUUAAUAGCAGUUGUCAUCCAUUGAGUUGUACUUUUGCUGUUCUUGCUAUGUUUUUAGGCAGAAGUUCCACAAUUUCUUCAUACCCAAAGAGUGUGAAAUCCUCCGCCAUUUUCUCCAGCUCUUAGUCAUGCUGACAAACCCCUAACAUUUUGCCAACGUUUAACCAUUUUUUUUGUCUAACAUUGUUCUAGUAAAAGGUAGCAUACAAUCUGAGUGGAUAAAGUAUUAUGACUCAGUGCUGUUUUCACCUGAUUUUUUUUAACUUUCUAGCAUAUGAAUUGAAGUAAGUAUUUUUGACUUAUGGACUUAAGUGCAAGUAAACCAAGGAGAAAAAAGCUAGAAUUUUUAUCUUUGGAAGAAAUUGUGGCUAACUUAACCUUGUCAGUCAGUUUCAUUCAUUAGUUCCUGUACUUCUUUAUUGUUUCUAGGUACAGUCAGUUUGUUCAAGGACAAAACCUCAAAGAUUCUCAAUGUAUAGUGUUUGCUCAUCAUCGGCCUUCAGCUGCUGAUUUGACCAGAACACAACUUCGUAAGUUUAUUAUAGUAACUGUGUGCAGUGUUGUGCAGUGCAGCAAAUAGAGGGUGAUCAAUAAAAAUGUUAAUAGCUGUUUGCCCAUUCUCCAUGGGUAUGUAGAAAAGGCAGCUGCUUGUAUCUCAUGUUCAAAAACAUGCAUGGCUCAGUUUUGCUUGGUUCAGCCAUCUGUGUUUUUAUAAACUCAGUAGCUUUUGUUGGAUAUGCGAUGAAUUUUUGCUUGUGUUUUGAGCUCUCUGUUAGCUCGCUUGGAAGGUGUUUGAAAGGGAGGGGAGAGAGGGGAACAUUAGAUGCACAGGAGAGGGGAGGGUGUGAGGGGAUAGAGAGGAGGGGUUCUCACAUGCCCAAUUUUUGAGACUGCACGAAAAAAAAUUCGUAGUCGUCCUCGUCGUCGAAUCUAUUAAGAGCCAUUUUCUGAGAAAAUCGAGAAUCGCAAGACACUCGUCAAAAAAUCGAAUUUUUUAUUAUUUUGCCAAAACAUCCCUUUUAGUGACCUAAUUUAAGGAAAAAUAGUUUUGGGUUCAAACGAUUCAUUUUAAAGGAGAAAUUAAAAAAAGUUUAAAAAAUCGAUUUUAUUCCUGUUUUUCGAACAAAACACGGCAGGAUGCAAUGGCAACUUCGAGAGAAGGGUGAACGCGUAAGAAACAUUCCCUGACACUGAAACUUCACCGAAUUAUUAUUUUGUUCUUACUCUUGAAAACCUUAGAAGAAAAAUUGAAAAACAAUGUCUUAUAUUUUUAUAAUCGACAAGUCUAAAGAGGUCAUAUUUGUGACGUUAGACAUGCUAGAAAACGAAGGCCAACUUUGACUAUUAAAAAAGGCCUCUGGUAUAUGCCGCUUGAUCAUAAAAUCAAUAUAAAAUGGAACCUUGGCUUUUGUACUAACUUACUGGAAAGUUUUAGCUCUGGAAAUCAAAUAUCAUCCUGACACCAAAGCAAGCGGUGAGAGCAAUUGAAUUGGGAAAUUUAUGCAAAUUAGACGGCUUGCGGACGGUUGUCAAACUAAAAGAAAGGUUUUACAUGAAAGGAUUACUCACCAUUGCUUGUAACACGUUUUUACGGCAAGGAAAGUUAUUUCCAACUUCUGUUGCGUCGGUUUGAGUCACAAAAUCCAUAAUUUUAAGCCAAAAGGUCCAAAAGACAAACGCACGUUUGCUCAGCGACUGCGCCAGAAUCCGGCCGUGAAUCGAAAUAAAGUCACAACACGUCACUGCGGUCCUUUAGAAGCAAGAGUUGCAAGAGUUUUUACUUCAGUCAGGAGGCCAAAAGAUUGAAAAUUCAUCGCAAACUAAUGACUUCGAUUUUGAAAACCUUUCAUCACUUCAAUCGUUCGCCGGCUGAUAAUAAACAUCACACAAGAUCGUAUGACCUUUGGCGUGUGACCGGAAAUCGGUCACACCCUCAAGUCACGUUAGCAUACUGUCACGAAUUUUAAUACGAUUUUUCACGUUUGCUUUCGACAAAAAAUAGACUCAUCGAAAUAAAAUCAGGCCUGCUUUAUUUAUUUAUUUAUUUUUUAAUUUCUUUUAUAGCCUGCAGAACUUGUUCCCCAUGCAUCGCGCGUGUCUCGCGCCCCCAGUCCGCUUCGCAGUGCUAGCGUGAAAAGCGCAAAAAACUGAAAUUGACUCCUGUUCUGCAGUUGAUUUCUUUUAUAGACACCUUCUAGGCAUUGACAGGCUGUGAAAAAAGUGUAUUUUUAUUAUUAUUAUUUUUUGAAGUGCUACAUCAUUUUCCUAUAAAUUUCAAACGUGACUGCUAAAAGACUGUUUGGAACCCAUGGAUGGAGAAAAGCUGUGCCGGAGAGAAGGUCAACCUCCCAGCCGAGCCAACUUUUGCGAGCGUUUAUAUGAGGAAAAAACUGACCACUUUGUCCGAGUCAACAGUGCUUGCGCAUGCUGUCUUUGUCUAGCCUUGACCGUGUUGUCCCAACUACAAUCGGCGACAAAAUUGUUGAGACAAAUAGGGUGACUUCGGAGAACAAACGAAUCCGCACCCUCCCCUGUCCCCUCCAUUCAAAGUUGGGGUGUUUGUUGUUUUCUAUAGGUAGCUAGAACAAGGGCACAACAUUGUACGGAGGGGAUGGGGGAGGAAAGCUAUAUUUCCUCCUUUUGAAGUUCAUAAAACGUAAAAAAGCCUACUUUUGGGCGAAGUGUCUCAACUCAUUUUGUCGCCGAUUGUAGCUGGGCGAGCCAAAGUGGAGAAAUAUUAGCCGGGCUGGAAGGGUGAGGCCACCACUACCGGCUCAGUGGAGGGCUGACUUCCGGAAGCCCUCAACUCCGCCCACUACUGGUAGUAAGGCGUCUAUCCGAACCAACCUUUUGUUUCUCAUGUAAAUGGUUUACCAAGUUUUGUAAGGAAAUGGAGGAAAAGUUGGCUCGCCCAGGGUAGCUUGGGAGGUGAGUAAACACCAGAUAACCCCAAUAAUAAGCACAAACUUUGAUUGUCAGUUAGAUGUCUACUAUUUUAAGUAAGCGACCUGCAUGUGAUUGUCGCAUCCAUGCCCCCUUCCAGAUCCCCUUUAUUAUCGGUAAGCCUCUGAUAGGUCAAAGUAAUACAGUCGUACCUCCAGUAAGCGACCACCAAAAAUGCAAAGACUUAGUGGUCCCUAACGGGAGGUGGUCGUUUAGAAGAAUCGGACCACAUGGGGUCUAUUCCGAGAAGAGGUCCAGGCACAUUCUAUUAAAUGGCGGUGUAACAAAUUCCUGGCAAAAUAUUAUCUUUUACCUCUUUUGACAAAUACAGCUUUUAAAUCAUGCUCAAUUUAAAGAGGGAUUCAGGUGAGUGAGAUAUAGAAUAGUCUAGAAUCACAACAUAAUCUUCACUUUGUUGGCUACAUCUACUAAGUUAGGAUAUGUGUAGUUCCACGAUGUCGCUAAAGGUCUUCAUAUUUUCUAAGGAACAUAGUGCACACAGCAAAAAUAGAGAGCAGAGAAUGCGUCAACUGGUCGCUUAUGGAAAACAAUUAACCGUGACGCCCAAAAAGUGGUCGCAGUCACUUACAGAAGGUGGUCGUUUACUGGAAGUUCCAACUGUAAGGCUUUGACUGGGAAAAUUUGGUCUUUUGGAUUGGCAGUCGCACAUGGAGGUUGGACUGUGUAAGCCACCAUCACCUCACUGUGAGUGACGAGAGCCAGGAAAGUAUAGUAUACACUCCCUUAGGAUACACAGAAUCGUUGUUUUGAGGUCCCGUUUAGCGAAAUGGAUCAUUCAAGGGAGGUGUUGAAGUCCCAUAGUGAAAUUUAUAAGGUUUAUGGGUUUUUAGUGCAAGACGAAACACAAUACUUAGGGCCCUGUUGUUCAAACGUUUAACAACAGGAAAUCACUAUCAAGCGAAUAAGAAGAAGCAGGGUGAAAGCGUUAGUCCCGGGGGCGUUAGUCAACUUUUCGAACAUACAGCCCCUCAGUCACUCUCCUCCGCAGACUUACCCUGGGCGACCAGGAUAGGGGAAUAUAAUACUCGACCUUCCUUGCAUCAUCGCGAGAGCCUAUAGCCUUCACUUUCUUUUGGCUCGUCCUACAAUCCUACCCAACGUUCGUGGGACAGGAAGGUCUGCUUGCGAGGCUUGGGAAUCUAGGGAGACUAUGGUAGCAUGGUGCAAAUAGCCGGGAUGAGCUACUUUGUCCACACGAACCAAGAGGAUUGGGUCUGCUAGAAGAAAUCAGGUGUAGCUUUCUGUGAUAAGUAAUAUUCCAACAGUAUAGGAUCAUAGUUUGAAGCCAUUUCACAAUCACUAGUUUCCGCGCACCUCUACCGGCGAGUUGUGGACAAAAGCAGCUGAUAGCUGUAUGCGAACCUUUUUUCCACAAAAUGGUUUCUGGGUUUUCGCAUUCGACAGUGUCAUGUAUUGAUUUUUUUUAAUCUUAGUCGAGGUCUUUUUAAUUAUGUACUGUCUAUCUGACUGACUGUUUCUUUGUGUUUUUUUUUUUUGGUAAUAACAGGUUUCAUAAUUUGGUCGUGGUUGGGGUUAUAGGCUCCUGAUCGUGAGCAAAUAGCGAAAAAAUCAACAAGCAAAACCAAAAGUAAACUGUAGCGUUGAAUCCGUUGGCCACGGAGAAUUGGUAUUAUUCUGCAAGUUCUUUACUACAGCAAGAGAGUAUACUCCCUUGACUAUGGGACAUUGGGCCGGGGGAACUUAGUAUUUUGACCCGGCAUAGGGGAGGAGGGGAGGGGGAGGGGGUACUCUGGCCAGAUUCCAAGUCACGGGGAUGAUCGAAGUAUGUUUUUUUCUUAGUUUGAAAAUAUUUUGAACAAUUUUUUUUUUUUAGCUGUGGCUUUACUUAAGUAUUCAAAAUAUUCGUUCUUUUUUGGUCUUAAUUUUCGCUUCCACGGAUCACUCACGACACUUGGAAUCCGAGGUACCCCUCCUGUUUAGUACUUCGAAGGCAAAAAAGCUGUUUCAAAGCCUAGUAGGUAAAUAAAAGAAAAAUAAAUAUGCAUGGCUGUUUCUACUGCGAUGAGAGGAUUUCUUGUCAAAAAAUGUGAAAACUGUAUUAAAAUUGCUGACAACAGCUACGAAAAUUUCGUGACAGCAUGAUGACGUGACUAAAGCGUGUGACCAAUUUCCGGUCACACCAAAGGUCAUACGAUCUUAUGCGAUGUUUAUUAUCAGCCGACGAACGAUUGAAGUGAUGAAAGGUUUUCAAAAUCGAAGUCAUUAGUUUGCGAUGAAUUUUUAUUCCUUUUGCCUCCUGACUGAAGUAAAAACUCUUGUAACUCUUGCUUCGACGUGUUGUGACUUUAUUUCGAUUCACGGCCGGAUUCGGACGCAGUUGCUGAGCAAACGUACGUUUGUCUUUUGGCUAAAAAUUAUAUAUUUUGUGACUCAAAACGACGCAAAAGAAGUUGGAAAUAACUUUCCUUGCCGUAAAAACGUGUUACAAGCAAUGGUGAGUAAUCCUUUCAUGUAAAACCUUUCUUUUAGUUUGACAACCGUCCGCAAGCCGUCUAAUUUGCAUAAAUUUCCCAAUUCAAUUGCUCUCACCGCUUGCUUUGGUGUCAGGAUGAUAUUUGAUUUCCAGAGCUAAAACUUUCCAGUAAGUUAGUACAAAAGCCAAGGUUCCAUUUUAUAUUGAUUUUAUGAUCAAGCGGCAUAUACCAGAGGCCUUUUUUAAUAGUCAAAGUUGGCCUUCAUUUUCUAGCACGUCUAACGUCACAAAUAUGACCUCUUUACACUUGUCGAUUAUAAAAAUGUAAAGCAUUGUUUAUCAAAUUUUCUUUUAGGAUUUUCAAGAGUAAGAACAAAAUAAUAAUUCGGUGAAGUUUCAAUGUCAGGGAAUGUUUCUUACGCGUUCACCCUUCUCUCGAAGUUGCCAUUGCAUCCUGCCGUGUUUUGUGCGAAAAACGAGCAUAAAAUCGAUUUUUCAAACUUUUCCUAAUUUCUCCUUUAAAAUGAAUCGUUUGAACCCAAAACUAUUUUUCCUUAAAUAAGGUCACUAAAAGGGAUGUUUUGGCAAAAUAAAAAAAAAUUCGAUUUUUUGACGAGUGUCGUGCGAUUCUCGAUUUUCUCAGAUAAUGGCUCUUAAAAACUCUCUAAUUUAAUGCCUUGGUUCUCUCCUCAGCCUCAUCGCUAUCCAGAGUAACAUGUGAUCAGACAAACCUUGAUGAAGAACCAGAAGCAGUGAGGGAUGAAUUUCACAACUUUCUGGCUAAAGUGAUCAGUAAUUGGACUGAUAAACGAGACCAGGAAGAACUGAGUAUAAUGAACACAUGAUACGGCUUUGAUACAACUGUGAUUCACUGUUUGGCCCCGAUUGUUGAACUGCAUCUCUUAUGUACAAGGUUUUUACGUUUAGAAAGCAAGCACAGAAAUGCAGUGACUUUUCAUCAUCAUUAUCACUAUCAUCGUCGUCGUCAUCAUCACUUCUCUCUUGGCACAUGGGUAAAGAAAAACCCGCACAUAAGGAAUAGUCACUGGAAAAGUAACCUGUGUAUGGCUGCAUAAACCUCUCGAUUAACCCAAACAAAAUUAGAUUUUCUGUAGUGACAGAAUGGCUCUUGUUCGGCACUUCAAUUCUCGUUUGUUGCAACUCUUGUGAAAUCAGUG